UAUAAACGAGCGGCUCGCUUGUCCCAGCAGGAACAGGCGCUUCCAGCUGUGGCCCAGGGUCCUCUUGAGGUGGAGAUGGAACCGCCAGUCCUCUACCUCGCUUCGCUGCUCCUGUGUCUCGGAGUGGUUGGAGCGCACUCUGGAAGACGUUUUUCCGAGGUGGUGGGCCAUCGUGGGCGAUGGCGCGAUCUGCCCGCCCAUGCUUCACUUGGGGACGGCUGGAUGUCAACCGACUCGAGCUACUGGGACGAGGAUCGAUACCCAAUCCGCUCGGAUAACGGCCGAGACCGGCAUCGCUGCUGGCCGAUGAGGAACGUUACCGUGAAUGUGACAAACGAUGGGCCGACUCUUGUGGGCUCCAAGCUGACUGUCAGCGUGACAAUAAUCUCCCCCUGGCACGGCGCCAACGGGACCGCAUCAUGGAACCACACGUACGACGGGCAGGCGGCGGCGCCCGGGGAAUGGCCUCUGCAGGAGGGGGAGGAGGACCACGGUGAAGAGAAUUGGUCCCACGACGAUCAGCAGAGCAACACAUUCCCCAACGGAAAGCCAUUCCAUCGUGAUCGACAUCGUCAGAGAUACCUGCCUAGGCUUUACGUGUACAUCUGGUCUACGGAAGGCAAGUACUAUACAAUGGUGAACGGGAACAGCUCUAAUGUGACAAUAGACACCACGGACAUCCCCGUCGGCACCCACAACAUCAGCCUGCUCCUGUACCGCGGCGGGCAGAGCGCAAAGCAGCUGUGCGCCAUCGCCAACGUUACUGACAACUACACCGUGACUGACUCCGUGCCGCUCAGCGUGAAGAUCUCCCAGAUGGGCGAUCGCAACAGCUCAGACCUGAUCUUCCUGGAGAACGCACCAGUGUCCUUCACCGCCACACCCCACGACCCCAGCGGCUACCUGGGCAACGCCACCCUCACCUACGCCUGGAACUUUGGCGAUGGCACGGAGGUGGUGGUGGGACCUAAUGCCUCCGUCAACCACACAUACUCAGCUAUAGGCUCAUUCAACAUGUCUCUGUGGCUGAGGGCCGUCAUACCGACACCAUGCGGGACCCUCAACGCCACUGUGCUACCGCCUGACGAGACGGGCCCCUGGGACGGACCCACUGGCCAGCCAGGUGGUGCAGGGGCGACUGUGCCGGAUGGAGCUGACCUGCAACAGUCAUCCACGAAAUCACCCCCUACCCCGUCCCCAACCUGCCAGCUCGUGCGCUAUGGCAGCUUCACCGCCAACGUCACCAUCGUGGAAGGGAUAUCGAGUGUCGCCGUCGUGGCGCUAAUGCCGUCGGUGGUCACGAUGCAGGGCGGUGGUGCCGUGGAUUUUAUGGUCACGUGCAGUGGCAGUUUGCCGAGCGAAGUGUGCACCGUGGUAUCGGACGAGGCGUGCGUGUGGCCCGUCAGCGGGUCGUGCCGCCCACUGGUGCUGGCUGCCGGAGACCCGUGCUCCCUGACCCUGCGCGAGCAGUUCAACGGGUCGGGAAUUUUCUGCCUCAACGUCUCACUGGCUGAUGCAGUGAGCCUGGCCGUCGUUAGUACCUACGUCGACUUCAACGCAGAGUCUACAUCAGCAAAGUUUUUGGGACCAGCCGUUUUUUUUGCAGGCAUCGUUCCUCUUGUACUCCUAGGACUGCUCUUUUACAAGAAGUAUCGCCAGUACACUCCCGUGGCUCCACCGGGAAUGGAGCUAAGCCACGGCCCAGGGACUCUCGACUGGGUGAAAUUCAUCAGGAAUAAGUCUGGCGAGAAGAACCCUUUGCUCAAUGCUCAGAAGCAGCCAAUUGUUGCUCACCUGGUCUGAGCCAUCGCACCAAAGGAACAUAAAUACACACAGCUACCAGCGCCUGCACAAGUUAGAGGCUAACUCUCUUUGGGAACCUACACUAUUUAGCCUGCAUCUUCAUGAAUCAUAAUUAUGUAUCACUGCAUGGAUCAUAUCCACACUAAUCCGGCACUAGAAAGGAAUAUGUUUGACCUAACAACACUCUGUUCAUCAUUUUAGCAUACGCAUUUUAUUAUCAGAUAACGUGACAGUGUGUUGUAAUGUGUGGCCAGCCAAAAGCUAUUUGAAAGUGCUAUUUGACCCUCAUGAAGUAAAACGUUCCCUUCCCCUGCUGUGCACGAAUGGUGCGUGCUAUACUCUGCUAGCUUUGGCAGCUUUUUUCAUCGUCUCGCCAUUGCUUAGAGUCUCUUGUGUACGAUUGGUCCGUGUUCAUGCUACUUUUGUUUCCCAAAUGAAGUGGAACGAUACAUAUUUAAGUACAUAAAACUUAACACAUUCAAUAACCUUGCAUUGUAUUAAGAAAAUAUAUAAUAGAUGGCGUUUUAAGUAAUGUCUCUUCAUAGUACAUCAUAAAUAUUGGGAUGAUUAUGAAAAUAUUUUGAUAAAUCUAUUCAGUAAUAUUGUAGAUUUUUAAAAAAUUAUUUAGUCUUUCAUUAAUAGGUGUCUAGCGAACAAUCACAACCAGCGAAUCACUUCCACUUCACUAGUUUUGCUUGCUCUCCAGAACAGGACACACCCUCUCAAAAUUGAACUGGCAUAUUGGAAAGGGGAGGAUAUGUUUACUAACUUUUAUCUGUUCAUCCUAUUUUCCGUUACUGAAUUAUACAUAACAAACAUGAUUCAGUCGAUCAAGAGUAGCAUGAUUCUCCAUUAAUAAGAACACCAAUGAUUUUAAUAUUCAAUUUAAUGUAUAGUUUUUCUUAUUUACACAAACCGGUUUUGAGUCAUGUUGUCAGUGGGGACCGUUUAAACUCUGGAUGAUCGCUCCACCUCGGAGGAGCCAAGUGUGAAAAAGGUGCGGACAGCAAUUCGCCAAUUGUAAUUGGCUUUCCACCAAGACAUGAAUCACACCCACGGUUUUCAAUUUAAAAAUGCUUUGCAUAUGCCUCUCUUUAGCUUGUUGAGGACACCAGAGAUACAUUUUCAAUUCAUUAUCCACUUAUGUUAACUUGUAUAGUGAUUACGUGGGAUGCGUGUGGUUUUGCCGUCACAUUUGCGCAGGUUAUCUAUGUAAUUAUCAAUUACCGCUGGGUGUAAAGCCUAUGAAGUAAGCUUAAUGAUUAUUUUGCAUGCUUUCAUGAUUUCAGAAUAAAGCUAUUGAUGUAGAAUACAUACAUAUUUAACAAGUUGCUUUCUUAAUGUAUCUCUACGUGAGUCCAUUAAAGGCCUUAAUUUGCAUCUUCUGAAUGAAUGACUGUGUUUUCAUCAGACUUUAAAGUCACUAAAAGUAGUUUUAUAUGAACUGAGAACAAUAUGAUACACGAUAUAUUAACGCGGUGUAAUUGAGUGGCGCAGUGCUUAAAGCACAAUACUACAAGGCCCAGCGUCCUCAGUUCGAUACCCGGUCACGACUCACGUCAGUGGUGAUAUCUGAACCUGACCUGUCCCCCCCCUCCCCCAAUUCGUAGCGAGUGGUUGUUUAACCAUGAUGAAGCAUGGUUAAACAAUCACGCACGUUGGGAGGCAUUCAUGCAGCAUGCACAUUGCAGUUACUAUUUAAGCCAUUUCUAUUUAUGCAGUGCGAUGUGGAUUAAAGAACACGGGAAGAACACGCCAUGGCUAAAAGGGAUGAUGGCCGCUGGUCAAAAUAAUAACAGGGUGGCAGCCAAGGAUUGAAAGGCGUCCGAGAGGAUGUGAGCAGAAUGUGUGCGAGCCGUCGGCGUUUUGCGUUUUGUCUCGCUUGCCCGAGCUGCUCUGUGAGAAUCCGCGAGAGAGACCGCGCUCACCGCGAGCACGAGCGUGGUCAUGAGCCCAGCAUCGUGACCGUGGGACCGUGUGACUCGUCAACCCUGGUUGGAUCGGACUCAUGUGAUGUGAGUGCGUUUUCUUUCUUCAUUCAAAGUACUUUUUUAGUUGUAACAGACUGCCAGUCACAACACCAACAACCAUCAUCAUCAAUCAGCCAUGAUUGAUUCACUGCUGGAUGAGUACAUCCCUCAGCCGUCACCACCCUUAACGGUCCAUCAAGGCAACAACCCAACCAACAUUUCCAAACGAGUCAAUGUCUUCUCUGUCUCUGCGUGUAACCUAUGGGAAAACGGUCGGUCAGAUAACCAAAGCUGCAAGCUAUAUAGCUACUACAGCCGAGGCACGUGCUGUAGACCUACAGGGCCGUCACGUGCUCAGUGACAGAUUCAAGUGCUGUGCAGUGGUCCUAAACAUGUAACGGAUGUGGCCUUAACAUGAGCAGCGGUGGCGCAGUGGUUAGCAGACUGCGCUACGAACGUGACCACCAGAGUUCGAUUUCCAGUCACGGAUCACGGAUAACAUCAGCAGUGACUAAUAUAUGAGCCGGUCUUGGGUCUCCCCUAUAGGUUGACUCAGUCUUAAAUGAGUGCCUGGUGCGAUUUGUAAACAUACGCAUUGUGGAGACAAAGGCGGUCAGGCGUGGUUCCUAACUGCAUCGUCCUUAUUGGUGCUCGCUUAACAGCACGUCCCCCAGCGGCUUGCAUGGAUGCACAGGGAUCUUUGUUUUGGUGAAUUAUAUAACUUAAAAAAAGUAUUAUGUUGCAUGAUAAUGUUUGAGACAUCGUCCACCAUGCAGUUUCCUUCACCAAGGUCUGACUUUCCAACAAAAACACCCAUCUCAACGUGUCCUUGCGUCCCAUUAAAUGACAGUGUGGUUGCAUUGAGAAGUAAGCGAAGUUACUCAACUCAUACGAAUGAAUAAAACAUUUAAAUAUAAAAUUAAUAUUUUUGCAGCUCUGACGAUAUGAAAACUUUGUAACGGUUUUACUUUUAAUACAAAUUAAGUGAGCAAAACAUUUAUUAAGAAAAGGCCAUGACAUGAAUCUUAACUGAAUAUCAAUUAUAAAAUAGUAGAAAGUGUGAAAUAUGUGUUACGAAU